AGCCAAAAGAUGAGGGUAUUAGGACAACGCUGGUGAGUUGCAGAUGAUACCCGCGCGCGUAUCGAUUGGCCCGUGCCACGUGCUCAAGUCCAGCGCCGGGAAGCGCAUCACUUCUCAGACCACCUCACUCAGGUUGUAUACCUACGCCUCCUGCCGCAACACAAAAUCAUGACCGGCAAAGAGUGACCUGCCAAAGUUACCAUGACGAUGCUACCAAAAUCAGACAUCGAAAUUCUCUCUCAAUACAUAGACGAUGAAAACGGAUACUAUCGUCUCAGAGUGGGCCGAAGAGUCCAUUACCUCACAAUCUCCUCGGGCGUAUUCGACGACGAUACUAUGUGUCGGCCGUAUCUCCUCAUUCCUAAGUUACCAGAUCUUCCCGACUCUCCGUGGACUACUAUGGUCAUCUCGCGGGACAAGAAUGGCUCUCUCACGUCAACCACCUCUACGGACCCGUUGCCCGAGAUCCAGACAACUUGGCAUGAACUGCGCGUCGAUGUGUUGAAAUUGGAGAGAACGAGGCGUUUCCGCUCGGGAGUGCAUGAGGUCCAAUAUAACGGCGCCCCUGCCAUCGCCAAGAUCGCAUGCUUCCAAUGGGACAUAGCCCGGAUUGAGCGCGAGUCAUGGGCGUACUCGAUAAUGGCACGUCAUCAUAACCAACAUCCUAAUGAGUCUCCUAUUGCACCUAACUUCCUCGGCCAUUUGACUGAGAACGGUAGAACCAUGGGUUUCCUGCUGCAAAAGGUUAAUGGAGAGCCGGCCUGCAUCGACGACUUGGCCAACUGCGAGGCGCUUCUUCGCAGGCUGCACCGCCUGGGGUUGAUUCAUGGUGACGUAAAUCGGUACAACUUCCUCGUCGACCGGAUUUCUGGAAGUAGUAUACGUCUGGUUGAUUUUGAACAUGCUGAGGAGUUGGACGAGGGGCUGGCUAGAGCAGAGCUGCUGUCGUUGCCGGUGGAGCUAGCCGAAGAAACUGGGCGGGGAGCGACUGUGAUACUGUAAUGAAGCCUAGACCGGGAAGCAUAUCCUUGGUGGACGAAAUAAAUGAGACAUCUAACAGCAAGAUAUUGGAGACAAACCUGAGAAUAUUCUGCUAAAUUUCCCUAUAAUAUAUAAUAAUGAUCCAGGCCACUUCUAGUCAGGGUUAUAUGUUGACAGGGAUAUGGCAAUGUAUUGAACAUUUAGGCUAUUAUUUACUCGCAAAGCCAAUGUCCUGUUUAUCGAAA